GCACCUGAUGCAGAGGGUUCUAGAGAGACUGAUGGGUGCUUGUGUGUCAGUGGAUGUUGAAGAGGAGGAAGAGCCUAAGCAACACAGUACCAAUGUUAACCAGAAGAGGGUGCACUGCUCCCUUGGCACGCUCUGUGACUGUCGGUACGUGGAGCAGUUUCCUGUGAUGUUCGUCUUUGGCAUCYCCACGUCUCCCAGCACCAUUCAGCACAUGCUACCCCAGUCCAUAUCCUUUCUGCUGUGCAUUGAGCUCUUCCAGUCCCUGUCCUGCACCCAGCACCUGACCACUGUCAUAGACAAGGUAGMUCUGUAGCUACCAUGGAUCCAUCCAUUCACUUUGAUGUA